GUCAGCCCCACACGUGCACUUUAUAAUGAUGAGCGCGUCUCUGUCACUGUCAUUGAUCCCAACAUCAGGCAGCAGAUUUGCUCUCUUUACAGGGUCAGCACUUUCCCAGAUUCACACUGUGCUCUGUGAGUCACUCUCCAUCACCCUCCCCUCCACCUGUUCCCCGGAGACGUGCUCAUUGUCCCCCUGCAGUAAGCACUUCAUUCAGCAUGUGGCAGCUCCGCAUUCCUCAUUGUCCUCCCCAGCUCUACCAUUGGCUGCACACUGUGAGAAACUCCAAAAACACCCAGACCCACACAUUCAUAUGGAGAUUACAGACUAUAAAUAGGAGAGAGUGGACCAGAACAUCUCAGACCACCUCUACACAGAGAUAAAACCAUGGCACCUACAGUCACUGCAGCAAUGAACUAUUCCAAGGAAUACCUGACUCUGGCUAACAAGCUGAGAAAGCCAGUGGGUGAAAAGAUGCGCAGAGAUCGAAUCAACAGCAGCAUCGAGCAGCUCAAGUCUCUCCUGGGCCCAGAGUUCCGUGGCCAGAAUUCCAACUCCAAGCAGGAGAAAGCCGACAUCCUGGAGAUGACCAUUUGCUUCCUGAGACGGCAGCAUCAGCACCAGUCAGCUAAGAGCACAUCCUGCUCUUCAGCUGUCAGUGAGGGCUACUCCAGGUGUACGCAAGAGAUUGUCAGCUUCCUGUCUCGCUGUGAAGUGAAGACCCCAUCCCAGAGAAGACUGUUGAACCAUUUCCAGAACCCUCAGCCAUCCUCUGACAAGAGCAAGAUUCAGUUUGUAGUGCCUCAGCUGAGCUCUCCAGCACACAACACCAGUGGCAAAGAGAAGACUCCAGCCAGCAGCGCCCUCUGGAGGCCCUGGUAGAGUCCUGCAGACUGUGUCACAAUUGUCAGACCAACAGAAUUGAACAUGCCACUCUACAUGAGAUUGGCAUUGCCUGCAAUUCUCACUAUGUAGGAAGUGUUCUUCUUUAAAUGAUUGUUUUCAUUGUUAGAAAGCAUAUUUACUGAAAGUUAAUCAGUUAAAAUAGAUUACUUCUAUUUAAAUUAGUUGGUUAUAAUAACCUUUCUAUUUUCUUCAGUGAAGUUAUUGA